AUGUUGUCCACCUGCACCACCCACUUCUACGUCGCCCGCCUCUGCGUCGUCCUCCUCUUCCCUCCUCGCCUUCCUCCGCCCACGCCCGCUACCUCCUUCGUGCCGCCCUCCUCUCCUGCACCCUCCGCGGCACCCUCCUCUGCGCCGCGCUCCUCCGCCCGCGUCACCGUCCUCGUUAGCACCGCGCUCCUCAGUCCCGCGCUCCUCCGCGUCACCCUCCUCCGCCCCCGCGCUGCUCUCCACCCGUGUCGCCCGCUCUUCCCUCUCGCCCUGCUCUGCCCACGCCCGCCGCCUCCGUCGCACCGCCCGCUCAUGUCGCCUGCCUCAGCCUCGGCUGACUUCGCGUGGCCCUCCAUGCGGCCCUCCUUCGUACUGCCCUCCGCCCGCGCUGCCUUGCGCCGCCCGCCCAUACCGCCUUCCUCCUCGCCCGCGCCUGCCGUCUCCUUCGAGCCGCCUACCUCCGCGUCGCCCUCCUCCGUGUUCGCGCCCCUCACCUCCGCCUCGCUUGCCUUUGCGUCGCCCGCCUCCGCGUCUCCCGCAUUCACAUCGCCCACGUCGCCCUCCUCCUCCGCGUUGUCCCGACCCUCCGCCUCGUUCUCUACCCUGCUCCGCAUCACCCGCCUCUACGUCUGCCUCCGCGUUGUCGCGGGACGUGGUAUUACUUACUAG